AUGUCUGCUCCGCCGAUAUCACAUCCACAGUCCGAAUCCGAUGCGCACACAGCGCACGAGGAGCUUCUUCUCCUAGAGGGCGCUGAAAUCUAUGGGCUAGGAUCCUGGGCCGAUAUCGCGGACCACAUUGGCGGGUUCCGGCACAAGGAUGAGCCCAAGACCAAACCUACGGCUAGUGUGCCGUCAUGUCACGAGAUCCAAGGCUAUAUGCCCGGUCGUCUGGAGUUCGAAACCGAGUACGCAAACGAGGCAGAAGAGGCGGUGCAACUCAUGCAAUUCGAUCCUGGCGAUGGCCUCAAUCCCCGCACCGGCGAGCUUGAGCCCGAGAUGGAACUGAAAUUGACUGUAAUGGAAGUAUACAACUGCCGACUCACACAACGAGUCGACCGCAAGAAGGUCAUUUUCGAGCACAACCUACUCGAUUAUCGCGAGAACAUCAAACUGGAAAAGAAGCGGACUAAAGAAGAACGAGAGCUCGUUAACAAGACAAAAUCUUUUGCCCGGAUGAUGAACCAUGCCGAUUACGAGGCCUUUUCCCAAGGGCUUAUCGACGAGUUCAAUCUGCGACAAGCUAUCGCCCAACUGCAAGAAUGGCGCAGUCUUCGGAUCGGCGAUCUUCGUAGUGGCGAAAAGUACGAGCAAGAAAAAUCCCAGCGCAUUCAGCGGGCGAUACCCAUGGGGUCGAUGGACCGCGAGAGAUUAGCGACAUCCCAGCGCAAGGCCGCCGCCGCUGCCCCCGAGCCGCCGAGCGGGGCUGCACUUCUCGUCGCCCCAGAGCUGCCGAUUCGUUCUGCCGCGUCUCCUAACGGCACUCUGGGAAUUCCCAACGGAGAAGUCAAACAAGAAGCUACUACAAACGGAAACGGCAAGGUCAACGGGGUAACCACCAACGGAGGUAGCAUUGUUGUCACCAAUGGUCCCGGCCCUACGACACGGCAGCGAGCGAACCCGCAGCCCCUAUCCGGAGUCACCCCGCUCCAAUUGACUCAGGACAAUGCCCCCGACCUUCACCUCUUGACUCCAGAAGAGGUCAAGCUUUGCGAGGUGGUGCGCUUGCAGCCCAAGCCUUAUCUCAUGAUCAAGGAACAGAUAUUGAAGGAGGCCCUCAAAGGGAAUGGAACACUAAAGAAGAAGCAAGCAAAGGAAAUCUGCAGGCUUGACUCCCAGAAAGGCGGCCGAAUUUUCGAGUUCUUCAUCAACUCGGGCUGGGUUGGCAAGGCGUGA